UCUAAUUCCAAUUUUACCAUCAACAUAUACGCAUCAUUGGUGAAAAAAAAAGAAAAAAGUAUUAAUAAUUGUGAUGGUUAUGUAGUAAAUAACUCGCAACGAGAACUAGAGAAUAUCUAGCAAUAGUUCUCUUUUUUUUUCAGUUUGUGUGGCGAUUACCGCCCAGUAUUUUUAUUCAUAUCAUAAAGCCCUGUGAUUUCGCUCAAUUAGCCUCAUAUUUAACAUUUGGUCCCUCCCAUUAUUUAAUCAGAUCGAAGGCAGUACCCCUAAUUUAUAUCCCUACAUUUGCAUUUACUGCCAAUUACGCCAAAAACAAAGUUUCCCCAUCGCAAAUGGAAUAUAAAAGCCAACUGUUAAUCUCGACUUCAUUUCAACAUUUUGCAGUCUUCAGAAAAAAAAGAGUACUGAAAAGCAGUUGAAUAGAUGGAUUGAAAAAAGUUAUUACCGCGGCGAAAUUGACUCCCCUUAACCCAAACAGACCCGAUCCAUUUUCUGAAUUUAAUUUGUCUCAGUUCCACAAAAUUAAUCCUUUUUAUACUUUUCUACUUGUCGAUUUUACUCACAGAACAUGCAGAAACGCGUUGAGCUGAAAUGGUCACAACUGAAUUUAGGAUGUUUUGAUCUAAGAAUUUCCUGCAAUUAUUGAUUUUUUGAAAAAAAAUGCAGAAUAUUGCGAAAGAGUUGAAACUAAAAUCUGAAGAUCACCAUCGCGACAACAAGAUAGUUUUAAACGUCGGCGGCAUUCGACAUGAAACCUUCAAAACAACUCUGAAAAAAAUUCCGGCCACUCGGCUUUCUAAGUUGACAGAAGAAGCCAAAAAUUACGACGCAGUUGCCGGAGAGUUUUUCUUUGAUAGACACCCGGGGGUGUUCGCCCAGAUCUUGAAUUAUUACCGGACGGGUAAAUUGCAUUACCCAAAUGAUGUAUGCGGUCCACUGUUCGAGACGGAGCUGCAAUACUGGAAUCUGGACUCAAAUCAGGUGGAGCCAUGUUGCUGGAUGACCUACACCAAACACAGGGACACGGAUGAUGUGCUGGAGGUUCUGGACAGUUUGGAGAUAGACGGACACGAUCCAGACGUCCUUAGCGACGAGAACAUAUACGCCAAGUUCAAGAUAGAAAAGGACCACGCUGACAACUGGAAAAUAACCAGACUGAAGAAAGUCCAGAUAGAGCUGUGGAAGUUGUUUGACGAGCCCUAUUCAUCUAAAUCUGCGAAGUUUGUGGCGACCCUUUCGGUUCUUUUCAUCCUCAUAUCAAUCUGCUGUUUCUGCAUGGGAACCCACCCCACAUUCCAACAGUGCGUGCUCCCCGUAAAGUCCCAGUCCGCCCUUCGCGACCACUAUCAGACAUCUACCCUCUCCCCAAACGGCACGAACAACACAUUGAAUCCACUCUCUUCACUCAGUGCCACGGCGUCAACCCAAGGAUUCGAUGAUGAGGUUCUGAUGUCCAGUACAGACUAUAUCCAGUACUACCAGGGAUCCGAACACGUCGGCAGAUCCGGAUCCGAGACUGAGGAUCCGAACUCGGAUAUCAAUCAACAGAAUAUGGACUGUCGUCCAGUUGAGUGGCUUCUCUACGUUGAGAUCACUUGUAACAUUUGGUUCACUUUCGAAGUGUUCAUUCGUUUGUUUUGUUGUCCCGACAAAAAAGAGUUUCUGAAAGGUGGCAUCAAUUUGUUGGAUAUUGCAGCAACCACGUUUUUCUACACUGAAAGAACCCUAGCUCUCCUUCAAAUCAGUGGCAUCGGAGUCGACUUCCUGGAAUUCAUGCGCGUGAUCAGAAUAUUCCGACUGUUCAAACUAACUCGCCAUUCAACUGGCCUAAAGAUCUUGUUGCAUACACUUUACUGCAGUGCCGGAGAACUGCUUCUGCUAAUCUUCUUUCUCAUUUUCGGUAUAGUGAUCUUUGCGUCGAUGUGUUACUUUGCAGAGCGCAUUCAGACCAACUGGGCUAGGGAUAAAGACAAUGAUUUUAAGAGUAUAAUCGAUGGAUUCUGGUGGGCGGUGGCUACUAUGACCACUGUCGGCUACGGAGACAUGGUUCCCAAAACAUAUCCAGGCAAGAUGAUCGGUUUUCUCUGUGCAGUGGCUGGUGUACUUACCAUCGCCCUCCCCGUUCCCGUCAUAGUGAGUAAUUUCGCCAUGUUCUACCAACACGCCCAAGCGAGGAAGAAGUUGCCCAACAAGAACAGACGCCGGGUUGUGUUGACCACGCCCUCUUCGCCCAAACUGGCCCGGCGGAGUAAUAAUCCCCCUAUUAGUCAUGACCUCAUCGAUAUGUCCAUCAGGAACAGACGACAAGCUCUCCGCAUUCCUCAAGAUGACAGCAUGGAUUAUCCUGAAACCUAUAAAAGCAAUCACUCCCAUCACAACCACAGUCAUUUUCAUGGCUCUCACGACUCACAAGGCCAUAACUGCGAACACGACCAUGAUUUUGGUCACGUCGUGGACACCGAAAUCACGGGUCAUGGAGUUCGUAAAGCUGCUACUAACUUCAAGCACCUGGUCGAUAAGUCACGCAAAAAGAAUAAUAGUCUACCCAAGUCGCCAAAACCGACCGAACCGAGAAAGAAAACGAGCUUAAGCGUCCCAAAGAUGAUUCCGCUGAAGCAAAGCAGUUUUGACUCCGCUGCUUCUGCUGAUUCAACCAGCGAUACGAAUCGUCAAAAGGUUGCGAAACUCGACACUCUGCAACUAAACUGGAGCCCUCAAAAAGCAAGCAGCGAAAUCCUUUUAGGAGUAGAAUCUCCUUUCAUAAAACCAGGAUCAAAUUCUACUUCCGAUUCGAAUCAUUCAAAACUGAAGCCUUCUUUAAGCGAAGACUUGUGGCCUGAAUGUGCGAGCAAUCUGCAGAUUUUACAUAACGGGAGUAUUUCAAACUCUAUAAAUGUUAGUGAUCCCAAAUUAGGCUUGGGAUCCAAAGGUCGAAUCAAUUCCUCGAAAAAACCUUUCCUCACGUCAAUCGACAAGUUUUUGCAUGCACACAAGCGGGCUAAAUCAUCGCGAAAGACGAGCAUUUCAUCAUUCACAACUGAAAAUCCAAGAAAAUCUCUUCCUGAUACGAAUCAUUUAUUGCAGUUAAUGGAACCGAGUGUUUCUCAGAAACGGCAGAUGUUUAAGUCGUUCAAGGGACGAACGGCGGGUCCCGCGAUUUCGAUUGGAAGCGAAGAAGCUUCGGGGAACUGUGUACCGAAUGAUCUGGAAGAAAAUGGUGAUAUCUCCGAAAACGACGAGCUCCUUGCGAAACCCUUCGAGUCACCGAGGUUGAUUUCGAUCCAGAGAUCGAAGCCGGCGAAUGUAAAUGUGGUUCAAGCCAGACCUCCUUUGCCAAUUUUGCAGCCAUUUGUGAACAACCGUGCAAGUUAUACUAAUCAUAUCUAG